UUCAACAUACAACCUCACUAUCUCCCCACUCCGCUGUCCAGCACAGAUCUGAAUUCACAUCCACCCACCCACUCCCCCCUGUCCCGGGACCGGCUAUGAGAUUGACCUGCUGACCGUGUUGGACCUAACCCUGAAUGACCAAACCUAAUACUGUGGAUAUGCUAGUUCCUUGCGAGGCUUCGUCACCACUCCGGCCGAAGCGGCCCAUGGAUCUGCAUACCUAGAGCCUGGUGCGUCCCGGGCCUGACUCGGUUAUGCUGGCACCCCACCACUCCCUCUUCCUGGGAGCCUUCUCAGUCCAGCACUGUUCCCAGUACUCCCAGCAGCACCUGCCACAGCACAUCCAGUACGGGUAUGACAUGGAGCAGAGUCGGUGGGAGAAAGAGCAGGACAAGAGACAGGAACUGCAGCAGCUGAUGUAUAAGGAUAAGAGUGAGCAAAGUGCUGUGGCCAGUCUCCUGGUGAAACAGAAACUCAGAAGCCAAAUCCUGAAGAGGAAGGAGCAGGCCGCCCUGGAGAGGACCGUCUCCAACCCCACCAGAAACACGCCCAGGGGUUACAGGGAACUGGCCCCAGAUCCUGACAUGCCAACAAAGCCUCACAUGGUGACCCCUGCUGUCCAUCAUCCUCCAUGUGACCAACGCAAGGACACGCCCCUCAGAAGAACAGCCUCUGAGCCCCUCCUGAAGGUGAGAAGUAAACUGAAGAAGCAAAUCAACCCCAGACAGAACCCUCUCCAACGCAAGACCAGCGCCCCGCCCACCGUCAAGCACAGAAUGCCGGAUACUCUAGACUCCUCCCCCAGCAGCAGUAGCACUCCAGUGUCAGGGUGCAGCUCGCCCAAUGACAGCCUUCUCUCGGACAGCCCACUUACUAUCGGACUAACCCACGAGGCUCAGAGGUUGCUACUCCAGGAUGGUACGCUGGCCUACUUCAUGGUGCCCUGCUCCACCGCCCUGCCAAGCAUCAGCACCGGGCUGCCCGGCCAGGGUGAUAGGGAAACGGGUAGUCAUCAGAGGGUGGCCAGGGUAAUGCCCCAGAUCUACCUGCCCAUGGAGAGACACAGUGCUGCCCACCAGCACCUCCAGCCCCUGUUCAUCCUGGAGCCCUCAGGACCUCCGCAUACACAGCUAGUAACUGUGCGAGGCCUGAGCCCAGGCCCUAUCCAGUACCCCUCCUCCAGACUGGAAGGCCUGGCCCCCUUGGGCCCCCACAGGCCCCUGGGUCGGACCCGGUCUGAGCCCCCACUUCCCUCUCACCACCACCAGCAGCACCAGCUACUGCAGCAGCACCACAACGCUCUGCAGCUGGAGAGACUCAAACAGAACACACACCAGCUCAUGACCAAGUCCAGUGAGAAGCCUCAUCUCACACAAAUCCCCUCGGAGGACAUGGACCCAGAGGAGACCAGGUCAGGGGAGGGCGAUGGCUACCAGAGAAGUAGACAGAGUGGCACCAGCAGCACUGAGUCAAUGUGGGACACAGAGUCUAACUCCUCACGAGACAGCCAGGGGGAACAUAUCAGGAAAUACAGACCUCUGAUGAAUCAGUCAUUCUAUUGGGAGAAGUCCAGGCACCUUCAGGUCCUGACAGAAAGGCGCAGACAGGCGACCCACCUGGACCCCCUGGGUGUGCCCGUGGUUCUGGGCCCUUCCCACCGCCCCCUCGGCCGCGCAAAGUCCUCCCCUGCCUCCACCUCCCUUCCCCCUCCCCAUCCCCCACAGCCCACAGACACCCUGCUGUCUCUGGCCAGCACUGGUCCGGAGACCCACACCAAGCUAAGAUUCACCACUGGUCUGGUGUAUGACUCUCAGAUGCUGAAGCACCAGUGCACCUGUGGCGACAACAGCCGACACCCAGAGCAUGCUGGGAGAAUCCAGAGCAUCUGGUCCAGACUGCAAGAAAGAGGCCUCAGGAACCAGUGUGAGUGUAUCUGUAGCAGGAAGGCCUCUCUGGAGGAGCUUCAGUCUGUCCACUCCGAGAUGCACGUCCGGCUGUACGGCACCAACCCAAUAAAUCGCCUCAAACUGGACAACCGCAAGCUGGCUGGAAUCUUCUCUCAAAGGAUGUUUGUGAUGCUACCAUGUGGAGGAGUUGGGGUGGACAACGAUACGAUCUGGAACGAGACACACACGUCAACGGCGUCUCGCUUGGCAGCAGGCAGCGUGACGGAGCUGGCAUUUAGGGUGGCACAGGGAGAGCUGAAGAAUGGCUUUGCAGUGGUGAGGCCCCCUGGACAUCAUGCAGCCCACUCUACCCCCUUGGGUUUCUGCUUCUUCAACUCCGUGGCCAUCGCAGCCAAGCAGCUCCAGCACAAACUCAGCGUCAGCAAGAUCCUCAUUGUGGACUGGGAUGUUCACCAUGGGAACGGUACCCAGUCGGUCUUCUACAACGACCCCAGCGUGCUGUACAUCUCCCUGCAUCGCUAUGACAACGGCAAAUUCUUCCCCGGCAGCGGGGACCCAGCUGAGGUGGGAGCGGGAGCAGGUGAAGGCUUCAAUGUCAACGUGGCGUGGUCAGGAGGCUUGGACCCCCCCAUGGGCGACACAGAAUACCUAGCAGCAUUCAGGACUGUGGUGAUGCCGAUUGCCUAUGAGUUCUGUCCUGACGUGGUGCUGGUCUCAUCUGGUUUCGAUGCCGUCGAGGGACAUCUGGCGCCACUGGGGGGCUACAAAGUGUCAGCCAAGUGUUUUGGCGUUCUGACACAUCAGCUGAUGGGGCUGGCGGGGGGGCGGGUUGUCAUGGCGCUGGAGGGGGGUCACGACCUCACUGCCAUCUGCGAUGCCUCUGAGGCCUGUGUCAGGGCCCUGCUGGGCACCCAGGUGGAGCCCCUGUCUGAAGCAGUCCUGGAGAGGAGACCCUGUCCCAACGCUGUCUUCUCUCUGCAGAGAGUCAUACAGGCCCAGGGUGAGUACUGGCGGUCGUUGAGGGAGGUGGCCCACACAGUGGAUCAGUCCUACCUGCAGGCCCAAGGACACAGUCUGAGACGUGGCUCAGAGGACCACAAUAACACCGUCUCCGCCCUGGCCUCUCUCUCCAUGGCUAGCCUCACCACAAACAGGACACACCCAGAUGAACUUAUGGAGGGGGACAGUGACUCCAUGUAGACAAGUGCACUUUCCGACAAACCUAUCAUGUAGACACACACACACACACACACACACACACACACUGUGAUCCACUCGGCCCUGCUUCACUUGACCAGAAUCCACUGCCUCCAGUUGACACUGUACAGACCACAUCCUGACCACUAUAGUCAAACUGAGUAGCUUACGCCUCACACACUCUUACACCUCAUCAGAACACAGUUCUACUGGCCUGCCUCGACCACAACUCAACCGCACACUGAGAACACAUCCCAUUAACAGGGUACAGGAGGACCAAGAGAGAGGAGAAUGAACACUGUCUUCAUGACAUGCCACUCCAUGCCUCCCUGGUGUGUAACAUUGUGAACUGUGACGACACAGAAGGAGAGGAGGAGCAGACCUGAGCAUAAACUGGAGGGGUGAAAUAUAUACCGUUAUAAACACCACAUCUUAAACAGACUUUGACUUGUAGCAUGAAGUGACUUGACAAAGACCAGCGACACGGCUGGCUGUAUACAAAGUCUCUCUGGGGAAGAGGGCUACUUUUUUAGCGUCGGUCACAGGUUACCGCGGUGCGUCGCCAGGCCGACAGAGCCGAAUCACACAGGGAAGUAGGAAGUAGUCUCACGUCCCCACAGGAAGUUACUAUGAAGGAGAACAGACAUCGCACCCUCACUGGGGGACACUUAAAAAGCAUCUCUUAUUGAUGAUUUCAUUUGUAUUUAUGUGAAGAAAAAGAGAGGAGACUGAGAAUUUUGUUCAGACUUUUUUUGCACUGUGUAUUUUGUCAUGUGAACCUAGGAGAGAAUGACAGAAUGGACCAUGUUGAAGCUCUCCUGGAAUUUACAAUAAAACAUGUAAAUUAUCAUACUCAUGUUUUUAAGCUGA